AUUCAAUUAUAUUCUCAUUCUUUUUUUUUUUUUAUUUUCUAAUCUUUUAAUUUUAAAAAAUUAUCUUCAGAAUAUAUCCAAGAUUAUUGCGUUUUUAUUCAAAGCAAGAAAGAAGAAAGACAUAUCAUUUAACUGGAUCUCAUCCUCCUUCUAUUCCCCUCUUUCUUUUAUUAACUUUUAAAAACUAUCCGUGUCUACUUAAUACCGGUUCCAAGAGACACAAGCUAUAUAAAUUAUUCAAAAUAAUAGGAAAAGAAAUUUGAUCGAUGUAGCAGCAAAUCGAGCGAAACUAAUCUCCCAGAGUGUCCCAAUAAGGAAAAAUAUCCACGCCUUAUUAUUCCUCACCCCCCUCGUCCGUCCGAGGUCUUCAACUCGGAAAGGAAACGAUUAAAAUACGAGAGAGAGAGAUCUUUUUCAAAAAAAAAAAAAAAAACACGAAAAACAGAAAGAAAGGAGCAGCCUCCCUCCUCCCACUCCCCUCUCUCUACCAACGAAAACAUCCCACCUAAAUUCAGAAAUAAACUUACCGGUAAUACAGUCCAUUCGACGAUAGCUCGUCUCACGAACCACCCCCGAAAUCAAUAUGGAGGAUACCAUCGGAUAGCAAGAGUAUACCAAUAGUAACAUCAAAUCUCUAUCGACCCCCCCUCCCUUCCCUCCACGGAUGGAAUCCUCCCUCGUUCAAAACAAUUUCACCAUUUCGGGAACGGAUGCUCCUUCACCGUUCCAUUAUCCAUCGAUUCGAAAACCGGAAGCGGUUGUAUGCAUCCCUCCGUCUAUAUACAUCCUUUAAGAGCAACGUUUCCAACGACGACUCCCUCCCAAGGAGAGGAGGAAUAACUGCAUAAAUUAUUCAUCCUCCCUCCCCUCUUGGAAAACGAGCGAAAGGUUUCGGUUGGCUCGAUCAUUAGAUUGGUCGAACGCCAGGCCAAGAUCCUGAGCCGAGCCCGGAAGACUGGUAUAAGGCAUGGAGGGAUGGAAGGUGGUGGGUGGAUAAGGAUGGCAUUAGUUACGUGAUCCCCGUGGCAAUGAUUUAACCGAAUUCUCGUUGACACGUGCAUCGCCAUACGUACAACGUGGGGGGGAGGGGUUGGAACAAGCCAAAUGGACCAUCGGGAGCAAAUAACUCGAUUUGCUCGGUCUACGCGUACUUGACUGGCUGGUAAGAGACGGAUCCCGGUCCGGAGGAGGAUCACCAUCCUGCGGAGGAUUGACUGCGAGAGGAAGAAAGAGAGAGAGAGAGAGAGGAGGGGGUGCACACGCAGCCAGGAUGGAAGGAAGCAAGGGAGCAAAGGAAGUUAUCGAGGCGGUAGUGUCACCAUAGUCAUACAGAGGUGCCCAGUUGUCGAGCAAACUAGCGGAGCCAGUCAGCCAAACAGCUCGAGCCAAGCCAGCUCUCUGGCCGGCCAGCCAACCAGCCACCGGCACCCAGUAAGCGGAACCAGCACAGUUCUUGUUUUAUUCAGUCGGGAUCAUAAAUUACGAAUUUAAACACACAAUGAAAGACGCUUAACAAGAAGCUAACGCGAGAUUGAGAGGCCCCGCCCGGAACACCUCUUCCUCCACAGAGGCGAACGGACGCCGGCCAAUCCGAAGCCAGAACCGCCCUUCGACGCACCACCCGACCCACCGUUUCCACGCCAAUCCACAACCGAGGGAGCCGGGACGCCGGGAUGGAGUCGACCUAUCGCCGCGCCGCUUGAACCCGAAACCCAAACCCGAACCUAACCCGAAUUCCCCCCCCUCCUCCCCGACGACCAUGCCUCGAGAGGAGUUAAGUCGUCGCGGACACGGUGACUCCCCGAUGCACCCCAGUCGCGUACCAGACUUGGCGAGCCGAGUCCCUCGGCUGUCUAACCCUGCUUCUUGGUGUAACAGUGUUGUCCGCUCGAGAGAGGUUUCUUUUUUUUCUCCCCUUUCUUCUUUUUCGUCGCAACAGUGAUAUAUUCGCGUACGUUCGUCGCGCGUCUCUCUCAGGGAACGAAUGAAUUCUCGUUCGGGAGGAAGGUGGAGUAUAAUUGGUAAAAGUUGUACAGAAAUUUUCGAGGAGAAACGAACUUUGGGAGAGUGCUGGUCUGCGGUGGAAGAGGAUUCGUCAGAGCUGUGUCGGACUUUGAAAUUGAAUCUUGCUAUAUCUCGUCGCGGUGGGAAGAGAUAUAUAUUCCUGGAAGGAAGGGAAAGUUACGUUACGAGGGGAUAUAUCUGGGGAAGUUACGACAGUUGGAGAUUGAUAAGAUAGGAUGAAUCGGAAUCAACACUCUGAUCGAGUUACAGGUUCAAGUGAGAAUUAAACUUUGGAAGUUAUCUUUCCAUCGAACGAAAGGUUUCGUGUUGUCAAAAGAUCGUGUCGAAAAGAGUUAUUUAAACGAGACGCUUGUUAAUUUAAUAACGACUUCCAUCUAUAAAAUCGAAAGAUCACACGAAUCUCACGGAGCGAACGACUCGAGGCAAGGAUGUACCACGAAGAAAGUGAUCGCCAGUGACGAAAUAAAAAUCAUAUAAUCAACAUCCAACGUUGUGAGUGAGCAUGUCGAGUGUGCAUCAGUGACCGCGUGAAGGAAACGAAAGUGAACGAAAUCCAUCCAUUCAUCCAUUUCUCAAAUCCGUCGAAACACGUCCUCUCUCCCCCCAACCCGGUUUCAAUCCCGGUCGAAAUUUUCCGCUCAUUGCCGAACUAUGCGUGGUGCGAGAUGGUGUGUUCUCUGACCAACAACAACAACAACAACAACAAUACCAACAACAACAACAACAACAGCGGUGGUAAAAGCUGCGACGACACCGGUGGCGAGCCGUGCACGGACUUGCGAUCCAGCCCAGAGGCGCAGCCGGGCGAGAACAUGUCGUCGUUGAGCGACGCUCACAGGCGGAACAGCCACUUGGAAGGCGACAGAAGUUCGUCGGCAGGCUCCUCUCUGGGCUCGUGCUCGCCGCCACCGGCCUCGAGCCACUCUCCGCCGCCUCCCAGGCCGCCUUGGCUGCACGACUUCCACGCGGCGGCCGCCCCUCACGUCCUCCAGUUCUUGAACCUGAGCGCCGCCGGGGGCAGCAUGCUGGCCAGCCAGCCUCUCGCGGCGUUGCACUCGAUGGCGGAGAGGAGCCACCAUCAGCAGCACCAACAGCACCAACAGCAUCAGCACCAACAGCAGCAGCAGCAGCAGCAGCAACAGGCCCACCACCACCAUCAUCACCAGCAGCAGCAGCAGCAGCAAACAGCGGGGGGCAUACAGUUGCCGAGGAUCAGCGUCCCCUUGUCCACGAUCACGCAGGGGCAGGCGUCGCCAACCGGGAGCGGGAAGCACAGCCCUGCGACCUCCAUCACCUCCGUCGGGAGCAAUCCGCACGGUAUCGACACGAUAUUGUCGCGGCCGGCGGCCACCCAUCCUCAGGCACCCGUCUCGGCCACGCACGCCGCGCUUCAACCGACGCCGCAUCCGCAGCACAUGACGGCGCCUCGGUACGGGAUGCACGCGGGAUUCACUGCUUCGUCGGGUAUCGGGCAAUUUCAACAAAGAACGGAGCCACGGCAUCCUGCUGUCUAUUGGCCAGGUCUUCAGGGAUUAGUCAGUGAUCCCCUGGGAUGGCGAGCAAGACUGCACACACUGUCGCAACAGCUGGGCUGUCAGCAGACGAUGACAGGAUCCGGCGGAACCGGCGAGCACGAGGGAGGCAAGAAGAAGCACACGAGGCCGACGUUCAGCGGGCAGCAAAUCUUCGCCCUCGAGAAAACGUUCGAGCAGACGAAAUACCUAGCGGGGCCGGAACGCGCCAAAUUGGCCUACGCCCUCGGCAUGUCGGAGUCGCAGGUCAAGGUAUGGUUCCAGAACAGGCGGACAAAAUGGCGGAAAAAGCACGCGGCCGAGAUGGCGACGGCGAAGAGGCGGCAAGAAGAGGUCGAAGGCGUCGUCGCGGAGGGUGAGGAUGGUUGCAGCGACGCGGAGGCCGAGGGAAACAGCGAAACAGCCGCGAAAAGGCUGAGAAGGGAGCUCGAGCAACAGUAUAGGCAUUAAAACAAAUGUCGAUUCGAAGAAGGGAAACGGAAUCGAAAGACUGGAUUCACUGCUAGAUAGAUUCGUGAAAGGAAACGAAGGAGUGUGCGGCGAAAAGGAUUUUAAAAAAUUUACAGAUUCCCACCCUGUUAAGGUGCUUCGAUUGUUUUACUUCUUUCUGAUUCUAGAUUUUUCUUCUCUUUUUUUUACUUGGAAAUUGAUCGAUCAAAUUAAAGCAAAGGUUAUGAAAAUUUAUAAAGAAUUAAAAUAAGUAACAGUGUCUGCCAAAAGUUGAAGUAAACUGUUGGAAAGUUUAGAAAUGAAUGAAUGAAAUUCAAUAUGAUUUUUCUUCUUGUUCUAUUGUAAAUAUAUUUAUCGAAAAUGACACGUUGAUAAAGAUCUUUAUUUUUAAAAAUUCUUAUAUCGUAACAAGAUGUAGGAAUAUUCAAUUGAGGGGGUGGAGAGUUGCUAAACUUUUGGCAGUUACUUUAUUUCAGUUGGCGUAUCAUAAAUCGGAAGUCGUAAUAACAUUACUACUACCCUUAACUCGAAGGAUAUUUAUAGAAUUAAAAUUAAACGAAAGAUUCGGAGGGGAAGUGGUCCAAAUAGCAAAAUCUUUAAUUUCGAAAGGACUGUGGACAAAGUUCCGAAGUUGGAUAGAAAAAUUUAGAUGUUUCCAAAUGUUAAAAAAAGUUUGAAAUCAUGGAUGGAAUCAUGCAUGGAAUUCAAAAGAAGAAAAAGUGAAUAGAAUUUUUAGCUUCGAAUAAAGAGCUUGGAAUUCUGUUCUUAUCGUAAAAAAUUAUUUAAUUAAAAAUCAAUUGGGAAAGAUAUAAUCUGCUAUAAUUAACUUCGAACAUUUUCAAAUUUGAAAAUUCGUAACAAUUUUUAAUAAAUAUCGAUCUCCAGAUAAUUUAUACAGAUUUCCCGAUAAUAUUUUCAUCGUAUUUUUCUCAAAAUAUAUAUUUAUUAUCACUUUUUCAUCGCAUCCAUUGAAAAAAAAAAAGGAAGAUAAAUUUCUUUUCUUCAUUAAAACAUUUAUAUCGCUCUUUAAUUGAUAAAAAAAAAAAAAAGAAAAAAAGAAAAAAAUCUUUGUUCAAAAAAAGCGAUGCCACAAAGACUGACGGGUUGAAGAAAAAAAAAGUUAAGUAUCUCCUAUUCCAAUCGUCGAAACGCUAUUGAUUUGCGUCAAAGAGUAUGAAAAACGGAUAUUCGAAGCUUAAAAUAUAAUAUUGUGCCGUUAAAACUGUGUUAACUUGUAGAUAGAAGCGUUGGAGAAGUAUGUAUACGAUUUUUUAAAAUAUAAAAUUAAUCGUGUGACUGACGUAUUACAUAUUAAAGAACCAAAGAUCGAUGCGUAUCAGUUAGAAGAGUUUCAUAAACGAAAUUCGAUUGAUUUUUAUAGGAAAUAUCGAUGAAAAGAUUUAAAAAAAAAUAGAUAAAUAAUAGUAAAACUCGAAAUUACGUACGAAUUGUUAAAUAAUUCUAUUGGAAUUAAAAGAUAAAGAUCGAAUUUUCGCAAGAUAAUGAGUUUUAGUGGCACAAUGGCGAGAUCCCUAUUUUCACAUAUCCAUUUAUUCAAAUGUCUCUUGCAUUGAUAAAUGCUGAUGACGGAUCACGCGUUAUUUUCGUUUGGAAAAAUUCCAUCGACGAAUUUUUAACGUUUAUAGAGGUCUAUCGUUUGUAUAUAUUUGUAUUAAGAUGCCAUAUUAUGCUAUAACGAAAGGACGAUCCUGCCGUCUGGAUGUUAAAAGGAUUUAACGAGCAAAAUUAUUAUAUUGUAACUGGAAGACAAUUCGUAAUUACACGUAUGCGAUUAUUUGCGGGAUUUUGAUGUUGAAGAGAGGAAAAUAAAAUCGAAGAUAUAUUCCAUAAAAAUUGGAACUUUUUUUGAGGCAAGAGAAAGAAAAAAUGUUUGUUUAUAAUGAUGCACGAUCGAUAAAUUAAAUCUUGUAUUUCAAAAGGAAUUCGCACUAUAUGAUAUUAUUAAUUUAAUUAGUCGAGGAUAUUAUUAGGAUAAUAAAUCUCGACCGAUGAAUAAGUCUAGUCAUAUAUAUAAAUAUAUAUAUAUAUUAAAAGAUAAUUUAUAUGACAAUUGUGAUUAAGUUACAAAAUGAUUAUUAAAGAUUAUUAAGAAUAUCGGUUUAAACGAUUAUUGAGAAGGUGCGAAUUUUAAAAAGAGAUAAUAAUUCGAAAAUUUUUUGAGAGAGAAAUGAAAAUUGAAAUAUUGAAAUUUUGGAAAUACAAAAAUAUUUAUAUUCCUUUUUUCUUUGUGGAUAAUCUAAUAUUCUUCUAAUUUCGACAAUAAUACUUUGAUUAAUAAAUAAUCUCUGCACAUAUUAUGUACGAAGAAUAAUCACAGGAAUUCGACUGAUUUUCAAAAUGCAUUUUUUUUUCGAAGCCACCCACGCAAUUUCAAUUUGUUCUCCAAUCAAGCCGCAGAAUUUUCCUGAAUUUUACCAUGAAUUACCAGAUGAUCCUAUAUUUAUAAAUUAUUUUCUUAAAAGAGAACUAACUCUUCGUUCCAUCCGAAUCUUGCCUUAAAAUUGAAAAGCACACGGAAAAAUAUCGCAUUAAUCCUGCAAAUAAUUAACUAUAAUAAUAAUAAAAAAAAAAAAAACGCCGGUAAGCUCAUAUUCAAUUAAACAGCACGUG